AUGUACACGCCGAGGGGCUCCCUGAUCCCUCGAGAAGUGGAGACUCCGAAGGAGUUGCAACUGCGGGUGACUCCGGUGGAGCUGAAGUUUCAGGACACAAUGGCGGGGAAGGUGUACCGCCAAUCAAUUACUGUCCGCAAUCUUGGCCGCAGCAACCAGAAGAUCCGGUUUCUGGAACCAGUCAAACCACAGUUCAAACUGGUUUUUCCAAGUGUGGAUAAAGAAAUUGCUUCUGGACUUCAGAUGACAGCUAUGGUGGAAUAUCAUCCUAAUAAAAAUGAAGAUAUUUCUGACCAACUACUUAUUGCAGUAGGAAACAAAGCAGUAGAGGUUCCUCUUAUUGGGUUGAUUCCAGCCUGUAAAUUGGAAAUUAAGCCAGAUGUUGAUUUUGGCACUUUGGUUGCCAAUAGUAAAGUGUAUAGUAAAGAGGUUAAAAUAAUUAACCGUGGCAAGGCUCCAGGUAAGUUUACAACACUAUACCAGGGCCAAUUACCCAUUGUAAUUUUUCCAACUAAUGGUAUUGUGGAGCCCAAGUCCUCGAAGAUUAUUAAAGUGGAAUUCUGUGCAGACCAGCCCAGCCUUGUAAAUGAAGUGGCUAAAGUGAGUUUGCAAGGUCGUCCAGAUAUAUUCUUGAAUAUCAGAGUUCGAGUGGUUGAGCAGAUUCUUGAAUUGUUAAACCUGACUGGUAAUCAAAAGGUGGAAUGCAUACACUUUGGUUCUGCUUUCUUUGGAACAUCAAAGAUUGAACAUGCACUUCUAUACAAUAAUAGCCCAGAAAUUAUAAAUUGGGUGGCAAUAAUACAAAAUGAUUCAGUUGGAGAAGAAUUGGGUACAAAUAUUCAACAAAGAACAGAUGUUGCUAUAAAUAAUCUUGCCUUCAUAAGGCAAAUAAAGAACAUGGAUAUUACCACUUUUAUCUCCUGUGUUCCUAAUGAAGGGAGAUUAUCACCUUAUCAAAAGACUAAAAUUACAUUUUGUUUCAGCCCAAAGAUAAUUACUGAAGGAAAAAAGGAUUAUGACCCUUCACACAGGCAAGACUAUGCUGUUUUUUUGAGAUUUGACACUGUAGGAAGUAAGGAUGGGUUUUUGAGAGAUGAUAACUCUAAAACUAUCAAAAAUGAACAACUUCAGAAACUGGAAUUAGCACUGACAGGCUCAGGACUUCCUGUUCUAAUGCAGUUUAAUUCAGGAAGCUUUCUUACUUUCCCAACUUGUUCCUUUGGUGAAUGUUCAAAGAUUUCAUUUAUUAUGGAAAAUCGAUCCAAAUCACUUCCUGUGAUGUAUCACUUUAGAAAAACUGCAAAUUUUAGAGUUCGACCUGAAAGGGGCAGUGUUGAUGAAGGAUGUAUGCAGAAAGUGACAUGUUCAUUCAUGCCACAUCAAAUUGGAGUCUUUACAGUGAAGCAGUUCAUAGACUUUAUUGGCCCAGUGGCAGAUAAAAAUUUUCAAUCUUUAUUGCUGAGACCUUUUUAUCACAUACAUUUAGUUUUCAAGGGUGCCUGCAAAAUUUCCAACAAGAAAGUUGUGUUUCAAAUUAAUCCUGGCAUAUCCCCUAUCGCCACUAAUCCUACGGGCCAGUUUGUGGUCAAAGAUUUGACAACAUACAAGGAAUGUGCUCCUGUUGCAAUGCUUCAAUCAGCCUUGACAACCAUUCACAAUCAUCAGUCAAGUAAAGGGUCAGUGCAGGAUGCGCUGAUAGCCUUUCCCAAUGACCGAACUGCAAGUAUCAGGCCUGGAGACCAGGAAAAACAUUUCAGGACGAUUUUCACAAAGGUUCCAAGGCAUAACUAUGUGGAUACUGAGUUUACAUAUACUGAUUCUGAAGUACUAGAGAAGAAAGCACAUGAAGACUAUUAUAAAAACUACAUUGACUCUUUAAGGAAUGCACGCCUGAAGAAAAAAGCAGAAGUAGAAGAUGUGUAUGCAUAUGAUGAUCUAGACAUAGGAUUAUGUCCAGCUUCAGGUAUGAAGUCACCUGCACUCUUACAAUCGGAUUUGGAAGUAGUGGUCCCACCUUUAAUACAAUGUGAGGUCAAACCUUACCAACCGCUAUGUACCAGGAAUAUGGAAUCCAAAGAAGCAAAGGCUCUAGGAAGAAAGGUCCUCAAAGCCCUUAAAUCUCACCCAACCACUCUUUCUGAAAAACGUGAUUGCAAAUUAAUUUUGACACCAAAGCAAAUUCAUCAAGUAAUCGUUGGACCCUCUGUCCUUAAUUUUGGUGAUAUUUGUGUGAACUCCAUAAAUACUCAUCGACUGCAUGUUGUUAAUAUGCUACCUAAGUAUAUUUUGAUCCAUUUAGAUGCUAAUUUGAAAGAACUUCAGAAAACCAAACAAUUUUCAUAUGUGAUUCCACCUUCAUCCAGUACUCAUAUUUCAAUUACAUUCCAGUCUCCCACUGCUGGAAAAUUUUGGAAGUCUUUCACCUUUAGAGUGAACAAUAUACCUGGUGGGCACCUCCUAGUGAGGGCAAUUGUCAUGCCAGUAAGACUUGAGCUAUCUUCUGAUGAGGUAGUAUUAAAACCACAUGGCUUCUUGUUGAAAACAUGUUUUAGGGAGACAGUUACGUUGCAUAAUCGUCAGAAUUAUCGUGUUCACUUUGAAUGGAUACCAGUAUGCACAGAAGAAGGAGUAUCAUUUUCCAUUCGUCCAAGUAAAGGCAUUGUUGAACCAUUCUCCUCAUUGGAAUGUGAAGUAACAUGGCUGCCGGGUUUCUCUGCUCCAGACAGGGGAGAAUUUACUCUUCAAGUUGAUGAAGGAAACACGAUGACACUAAAAUGUGUUGCACAUCGUGGUAACACCAAGGUCUUGUUUUUGGAGCCAAGGAUACUCUUCAAUAAUAGCCCUCAAGGUUUAACAACUUGGAAGAAAGUCAUUCUUCACAAUGUGGGACAAAACCAUGCCUAUUUCAAGGUUUGCAGUAAGAGUCUUAUGUCUAUCAUUAAUAUUGUUCCAUCAGAAGGAAUAAUUCCAUUUGGGGGGCUAACUGUUGUCACUAUCACCUGUACACCUACCAUGGCAGAAAAAUUUGAUACAAUAGCAAAGGUUGCUAUACGCCAUGCAACUGACAUAGAACUUAGGAUUGGUGGAACUGCUGAAGUUGCUUCUAUUGAAAUCAAACCAGACACAUUUAUCUUCGGUGGCACCUUUCUUGGCGGUACCCAGAUUAUUCCAUUUUUCGUAAAGAACAAAGGCAUAACACGUGCCAGAGUGGAGUUUAAUCUAGAAGGUCAUUUAUAUUUUUCAGUGGUUUUUAAACACAAAACAGGGAAACACAAAGACCCUGCAUUUCCUGACCGGUAUUAUUUAGAGUUAGAGGCAAAGACAUCUAUGGAAUGCGGCAUAGCAUUUGCUCCCAAAGAAGUGACAACGUAUGAAUUUGACUUUGACAUUCAUAUUAAUUUCUUUGAAUCUUCAAAAAUUUACACUCAAUGUCAUUUGUCAAAAUCUCCUGUGCCUCGGGUCCCUCUUAUUCGACCAUGUCAUGUUCAAGCUACUGUAUUGCAAGCACCAGUGAAAUUAUCUAGAACUCAAUUUAUAUUUGACAUCCCACCAUAUGCUGUGAGGUAUAAGAAAAGGGUCUCAAAAACUCAGCAUAUUAUCUUACACAAUUUCUCAAAAAGAAAAGUGGAGUGGUGUUUCGAUAUUACUAAUGCUGAGAAACUUUUCAAAGAUGGCAUAUUCGAGUUUAAUUUAUUAAAUGGGAUUCUACUACCAAAUGAAGAGUAUAAAGUUUACUUAAGGUUUUGUCCAACUCAUGCUGUAAAAUACACAGCUUAUGUACCUGUACGUUUAAAUAAAAGUCCAGUUUGCUACCAAAUGUUACAUCUGAUUGGAGAGCUAAAAUUGCCCAAGUUAUCGUUUGACCGUGCAUUCAUGUUUUUCACCCCUGUUCCUUUGGAUGUAGCAAGUGUGAUGGAUGUCAACAUUUUACCUCAAAGUUAUUACAGAGAAUCAAGUAUAAAGGUUGUGAUUCCCCCAGCAAGCCUUCUUGGUAUUGAUGAGGAGAUUCACCCUCUUACUGUGAGUUAUCCAAAAGGCACAGUCAUUGAAGCCUCUCUCGAUGGAAUUAACACUGAGCUCAUCUGCCGCUUUAGCUUCAAAUCAUCUAAACCUCUGACAAUUGUCACUACUGUUCUUUUCUGUGAUGACAGAAAUUGCAGGUUUUCACUUCCAGUUAUUGCAACAGCAGAAAACUGCAUUCUUACUACUUACCCAUAUUUGGCAUUUCAUAUUGAUGAAGAAAACAUUACUGUAAGGAAUGAAAAGGAUCCCAGCCCUGUGAAGACUAAAAAACAUGUUUCGCUUCCCUCUGAAAAAGAUGGAUUAUCUUCUCCUGCUCCAUCUAAAUGUGAGGAUGCUGAGUCUGCAAAUAGAUUCUUUAUCGGAAUUGAAGCAACACCUGGAAAAGUGAACUUGGCCAAAAGUGAAAAGCCAAAGAAGAAAGGUGAUAAAUCGAUGGGAAAGGAGGAGGAAAACAAGAAAUUUUGUCCUGAUCCAGGAACAAAGGCAUAUGACUUCAUUCAAAAGGUUGUAAAUGCAGCUGAGACCUGGUUCAGCCUCUUCGGCUGGCCUGAAGGACCACAUUCUCUUUCUGUUCCAGAGAGUAUAAGAAGGGAUGUGAGUAAGAUGCAAGCCUUUGGAUCAAUCUCAUUAGAUCAAAAACAUGCCAAAGCGAAUAACUUUCUAAGAUACACUAAAACCAUUUAUGAUGUGAUACGCCACUUGAGUGGAAAAAUGCCUAAUGGGGUUAAUUCUAGUCAGUCUUUACCUGUGGAUUACAUUGAAAAGCUCAUUCAACUUCAUUUGCAACAUUCUUCACUUCUUGACUUUCUCAGAGAUCGAGGAGCAUAUGUUUCUUAUAUACAGCCAGAAUAUCUGUUUGAACCAGAAGAUUACAAGAAGUGGGUUGAAAUGAGAGAAAAGCGAUAUGUUAUCAUAAAUAUGACUGAGUUUGAAGCCUGGAGUCAACGGGCAUGGACAGAUGUACUCCUUCAGAUAUACAAGGUUCUGAUAUUAUCCCACAUUGUACCACAUUCCAUAGAUGACUUGCCUCCCAUAAAUAUGCGGAAAUCACCAAAAGUCAAUCCUUGUUUUGUAGAAAGCAAUGUAUAUUCUGAUUCUGAAAGAAUUCUGCUUAGUUGGUUGAACACAAAUUAUGAGAAUGCCCGACAUAUUGUAUGGAAAAACUGUAAAAAAGGUAUUCCUUCUGAGAGAUGGGUACUAAAUUUUGACAAACACCUUUCAGAUGGUCUUGUUUUUGCCACCGUGUUGGGAGCCUAUUGUCCAUUUCUGAUUGAGCCUUAUUUUAAAAAUAUGUACACACAACCAAAAGGUUCUGAACAGUGUUUUCACAAUUGCGCGGUUGUUGUAGAUAGUCUUCGUGAAAUUGGCUUUAACAUUGGCAUACAGGCCUCUGACAUCUGUGACUAUAAUCCAAUUCUGAUGCUCAUGCUUUGUGUCUACAUGUAUGAAAGACUCCCUACAUAUCUUCCCAAGAUGUUGGUGACCUUUCAGUGUACUCUACAUGACACUGUGAAAAGAAAGGUUCUAGUGAAAAAUUCAAGCUCAAAAAAAUUAGUGUAUAAUGCUACAAUUAUUGGAAGAGAUGCCGCUGACUUCACCAUCUCCACCACAGAUAAUAUUGUGACAGUUCCUCCAAAAGACGAAAUCCAGAUUACUGUGAAAUUCAACAGUCGCUUCCUCCAUCCUGCCAAAGCUUCACUGAUAUUAAUUUCAACACCUAAUAUGGCAGUGGGAGGCACUACAAUGAUUUUUGCUCUUAAGGGUGAAGUCCGCAAAUUUAAUCCCAUGAAAAUUAUCAGAUGCAAAAGCCCAUGUUAUACAUGGAAAGAAAUCACUGUGAAUGUUAAAAAUCCCUUCCAUACUGCUGGUGACUUCAAUGCCAUUUUGGUGGAAUCCUCAACAUUUAUCUGCUUUACAUCCCAAUUAAAUGCAUCUGGACAUUCUUAUACAAAUGAUUCUGGGAAUAGCAGUGAACAGGAUACUGCCCCAAAAACCUUAAAAACCUCAAUUAGGUCCAGUUUCAUCAGAGAGUUCUUCUGCCCAUCACCGACUGUUCACCUGGGAGCAGGACCAAAAGGGACUUCAAGCCUGGAGCUCUCCUUUGUUCCCUUUGACAUGCAGAUACGCUACUGCGUCAUUAUCCUUAGCAACAAAAUGAUUGGAGAAUUAGUAUAUGUUGUGGAAGGAAAAGGUAUGGCCCCCUUGCCUUCAAGACUACCUGCAAUGACUUCUUUAAAUUUAUAUGACUACACAUGUUCUCCAGAAGGUAGACUUGAUGAGGACAAUCCAGUUCUGUAUUUGAAAUGCAAACCCUGUCAUACGUUGGAUGUGGACCUUAUAUUGCCACUGACUAAUGAAGCCAAGGAAAAGGCAUUGGCUUUUGCAGCACGGCAGCAGAUGUCAGAUGUGGAGUAUCAGCGGAGAUUGAUCACAGGCACUCUGGAAAGCAGUAGCAUCCGUGUGGCCAUUGCUAUCCUGGGGCUGACCAGGGUCGAGACUUGUAUGCUUUUUAAUAUCUCAAAGUUAAAGCAGCCUAAGUUCGUUUUAUAUGCAACAGAAGUAAGCCUUCCAGGAUAUUUUUAUGUCCCCAAGGAAAUCCACAUUCCUCAGUAUCCGGAACGUCAAGCUAAAGGACUUAAACCUGUAAUUAAAAAAGUUCCAGAAGGAUCUUUUCCAGUUGCUUUAAAAUUUGCUCCUCUCUGUCCUGGACGCUACCCUUGUAAAAUUUUGUUGACAUCAAGGUAUGAUGUGCGUGUCUACUACAUUGAAGGCGUGGUGAGUGAUGAAUGUCCAGAGACCAGAUUUGAUUUCGAAACACCAGCAUUUGAAGCCCUUACCCAGAAUAUUCCAAUAAUGAAUAGAACAAUGAAUGACUGGAGAUGUCACGUGAUUAUAGAAGGAGAAUGUUUUUAUGGACCUCCUGAUUUCUCUGUCAAAUCAGGUGAAACAGCACAAUAUCCUCUCACAUUCAAACCUCAUUUGGAAUGUGAGGUUAUGGGUAAACUUACUGUACAAAAUAAAAUAGAUGGUAUGGAGCAUGUCUUUGCCAUGAAAGGGAUUGGUAGAAGACCCGUGGCCUUGGAAUGCAUCAUUGCACACUGUCAGGUGGGGAUCCCAGAAGAUAGAAUCAUAAUGGUGCCCAAUCAUACAAAGAACAUCGUAACAUUUAAGGUAUCUUCAAAUGUUCCCAUAGUGUGGGGACAGCAAAGCAUCACCAUAGAACCUGGUAGUGUAAUUCCAUAUGUUCUACACAUAAGCUCUUGGAAACGUGGUGUAUUCAAAGGUAAACUUUCAUUUUCCAUUAAAAAAAGCUGUCAAGAUGAUGAUUGUGAGAGAGAUUCAGAUGAAGAUCAAUAUCAACAUGAUAUUCAAGAUCAAGAUGGAGUAUCUUUUUUUCAGAAAUUGUCAGAAAAAUCCAUCAAGCUUGAUAAGGCAGGCUUAGAUGAUGAUGGUGGCACUGUACAAGUCUGGUAUAAUCUUGAGAUCCAUAUCUAUCCUGGGGAGCCUGUAAACAUUAUUGAAAUGAAAUGUGUUGCUAUGGAGACCACUUGUUUUGAAAUACCUCUCCGUAAUGCAAAAGAGACAACUCUUCAAAUAGAAGUGCUAUUAUCAGAUCCUACCCUUAGUGGAAUCAAGAAAUUUGUGCUGAAUCCAGAAGAAUGUAUCGACUAUACAGUAUGCUAUACUCCAGCAGCAACAGGCUGUAAAGAGGAAAGCAUUAUUUUUCAGCCUGAUAAGGUUCUAGAGUUCUGGUAUGUACUGAAAUUUACUGUCGAAUUCCCAGAUCCAAUCAAAUUGCCAGAAAUGCAGUGUGACCUUGGAAAGUUUAUCAUACAGAACUUUCCUUUAGUUAAUCCUACACAUGAAACCUUAGAAUUGCAAGUAAGAAACAGUAAUCCUGAUAAUUUUCUCCUGGAUUCUCAUAAAUUACCACUGAUCAUACUUCCUCGCUCCACAGAAAGGAUACGUGUUCGCUUUUGUCCUUCUUCUCUUGGAAGAGCUAGUCAUCAAGCUACUCUUACCUUCUACUGUGCUCAGUUUGAAGAAUGGAAAUUCCUCCUUUCUGGAAUAGGACUAUUUCCCCAGCCUCUAGAAAUAGAAAGAAUCACCACCUACCUUCAGCAGCUAGCAUCUCUGGCUAUAACUUUCAAAAAUCCCACAGAUGAACAUGUUUUAAUCGAUGUCAUACUAACAAAUCGGGAAAUGCCGAAGAAUCUCACCCUUGGCAUUCAGUGUGAUAGCUUCCUCAUUGAGACUACUGCCUUCAAGCUUAGUUUGGAUUACUCACACGGAAUUGAAUUGCCUCCUAGAGGGAUUAUUCCAAUCCCAGUGUGUUUUGUUCCCAAAGUUAUGAAAUUAAAGAAGACAAUGGCCGUUGUUCAAAUGAGGAAGGCAAAUGGAAAAAAUUGGCCUAUUGACAAUUUUGAUGAAUUGAGUCCAGAUAUGAAAAGAAUGAUGGGAAUACACAGGGGAGAAAUCCAAACAAUACGAUGGAUAUACCCUAUUCUUGGACUCCCACAGGCAAAACAUGAUGAAUUCCCUCCAGCUGUCAUAAAAUGUCAGUCCAGGAAACGGAUAGAAAAGGAGUUGCAAGUCACAAUUACUGGUGAUUUUAUUGGAGAUCAUCCUAUCUUAAAUGUAUCAGAUUUUGUAGUAAUUCCAAAAAAACGUUCAUAUGCAUCUUAUGAAGAUAUCGAUGGUAUACCUAUAAAACGUGAAUUUGAAUAUGAAAUUAUAUAUGAAUCUGAGGAAGUAAGAACUGAGUUACAGCCCUCUGUGGCUAUAUUUUUGAUGAAGAAAUCUUACAAUAUCAAGACUCAAGUUAUAACAUUGGACUUCAACCUGAUAUUUUCACCAAAGAAACCAAUGAAGUCUCAAAUUAUACUAAAAAUAGAGUGUAUAACAGAUGGGAUCUGGAACUUUCCCGUAACAUUGAUUGCUACUGAGCCUGAGGUGGAUGAUGUAAUUAAUAUUGAAGGGAAAGGUUUAUUUAAGGAAGCUGUUACUGAAUUCUGGCUGUCCGGUCGGAAAAGAUAUUCUGAUGACUUCGUUGCAUACUUCCUACCUGACAGUGAUCCUGAGUUUUUUGUAAAACCUGAAUCUGGAGAAAUUCCUCCUUUUGACAGUGAUGGGAUUACCCUCAUAGUGGGUUUUAAACCCCACAUGUAUGGCAGAAAAUAUAAAGCAAGAUUAGUAAUACAGACAGCCGAUAUGUACUAUUUGUAUGCUGUCAAUGGAUUACCCCAAAGCACCAAGUCACCAAAGAAUGUCAAAGCCAAAAUUGAUGCAACUAACAAGAAGUUUGAUGACAGGCCAGUUACUCAGCACCGUUUUAUCCAAGAAAAUAAUAACAUGGUAAGGACAGGGGUGUCCUCUACCAUCAAGGGUGCUUCUUGGAUGUUGAAUGAUAAAUAAAGUUUUUUCCCCAAAAUA